CCUGGUCUAGCGCGCAUGCGCAACAUGUCAGCCCCCAUAUGAACGUCUUACUGUUAUUAUCAUCAGGUUCUGUCAUUUAACAUGCGUCUAUUACUUAUUAUCUCGUGCAACAGAUCUGACAACACAAUAACGAGCUCUUACCAAAGCAACAUGACAUUGCAACACACGGUUUAAGUCACCAAGACAGGUAUUGUUUGUUUAUGUUUAUGUUUAAGUCAGACAGGCUUUAGAGAGAUGGCUUUCCGAGCAGCUUUCAGCUUGCUGUCCACCCUGCGACGUCCUGUCGCAGUUCUGAGGUCUCUGAAGCAGCCUGGCCGAACACGGCCGGCUCAUUAUGGGAUGCAGCUCCGGCCGCUGCACGGCACUGCCCCCCGCUGGUCGGCCCGGCUGCUGACCGCUGAGGAGAUGUUCGGCAGGAGGUCGAUGCAGGACUAUCUGAAGAAGCUGGAGAGGGAGUAUGAGGAGAGUUUGCAGAAAGCCAACAGCAGCGAGUCAGGAGAAGGCCUGGAGGAAGAGCAGCUGAGAGCCAUGCGGACCAGAAUCCACCGGAUGGCUCCUCUGGUCCAGAGCCUCAGAGAGCUGGAGACCAACGAGGCGGAGCUGAGGGAGGCAGAGGCCCUCCUGACAGACGAUGACCCGGAGAUGAGGGAGCUCGCUGCCCUCGACAUCCAACAUGGCCGCCAACACGUCCAGGCUCUACAACACAUGAUCAUGGAGCUCAUCGUCCCUGAUGAGGAGGUCGAUCUCUGUGACCUGGUCCUGGAGGUCACGGCAGGGGUCGGAGGUCAGGAAGCCAUGUUGUUCACAGCUGAGGUGUUUGAGAUGUACCACGGCCUCAGCAGACACCUGGGCUGGAGCUUCGAGGUCCUGGAGUACAUGAGCAACGACCUAGGGGGUCUCCGGAGGGGCUGUGCUGGUAUCAGCGGUCCCUGCAGCUACAAGAGGAUGAAGUUCGAGGCAGGGGUCCACCGCGUGCAGAGGGUCCCCAGGACGGAGAAACAGGGACGCACACACACCAGCACCAUGACUGUGGCCAUCCUCCCCCACCCCACACAGAUCACCUUGACGAUCCACCCGAAGGACCUGCGGAUCGAGACCACGAGGGCGAGUGGCGCCGGAGGCCAAAGUGUCAACACUACAGACAGCGCUGUCAGGAUAGUUCACCUGCCCACAGGUACGGUGGCAGAGUGUCAGCAGGAGCGCUCCCAGCUGAAGAACAGGGAGAUGGCGAUGAAGGUCCUGAGGGCGCGGCUCUACGCCUGCCGGCUGGAGGAGGAGACCAGCCGGCGCUACCUGGCCCGCAAGAUACAGAUCGGGACCAAGGGCCGCUCGGAGAAGAUCAGGACCUACAACUUCCCCCAGGACCGCAUCACGGACCACCGGCUGGGGCGCAGUGUGCAUCACGUCGAGGACUUCAUGUUGGGGGAGAGGCUUCUGGAGGAAAUGAACUCUGCCCUCCAGGAAUUCUCCAAUCAGGAGUCUCUGCUGGAACUCCUGGGAGAAAAUGUAUAAAACACCUUGAUCCUAACCCCAACUUUAACCACUCCCCAUAACCCUAACACCAACCCUUAACCCUGACCCUAACCUUAACCCCUCAUAACCCUAACCCCAACCCUGAACUCUAACCCCUGACCCUUAACUCUGACCCCUAACCCAACCCUAACCCCUUUCCCUUAACCCUGACCCCUGACCCUAACCCUAUCAAAUCCUCAUUCGAUAGCAUAAUAGCUGUAAUAUGUAAGGUCAUGUUCAAUGUCAGAUUACAAUCAGAAACGGUGUGUGAUUCAACAUGCUGCUGCACUGUCUGGGUCACCUUCUGUCAUGUAUUAAAACCACAGACUUGGCCUAAAGAUUUAACUUUA